AUGCACAAUGUACUCAGGUACACGAGAGACGUCCACGAUCCGGAAUUUUUGAUCCCGAGAAGAGUGUUGGAAGAUGGCAGCCACGACACGUACUCGCUGCCAAAUUUCUAUGAUCGGCGUGAGUUGAACGAGCGUAAGAAGAGAUCGACAGAGGCGGGCGAGCUGCAGCCUCAGACCGAUAAAGUGCACCUGGUGCUGCCUUUCAACGGGAUCGAACAUCACGUGGAGCUCAGCCCCUAUCACGAAUUCAUCUCACCUGACAUGGUAAUCGAGACGCGGGGCGCCGGCCUUAGAACUAACUUGGACGUGGCGUUGCGAUUCAAGAGAGCCCCCGAUCGACAAUGCCAUUAUCGGGGCUUCGUUAGGGAUCACCGGAAAUCGAAGGCUGCCCUCUCUCUCUGCGACGGUGUGGUCGGGUAUGUACAAACUGAUCAUGGUCGGUACUUCAUCGAACCGGUGAACGAAGCUGAACCGCAGCAGGAUGGACAACACGUUCAUAUAGCUUACAAACGGGACGUUCUGCAGGAAAAUAGCGGAGAUCAGGAUCAUGCUUACAGCUUCUGUGGAACUUCUGAUAAUUGGGAGGCCGCAUGGGCGGAACAGUUGGCCAAACGAGAAAAGCUGAGACUGAUGGAAGAAAAUCUUGAAGGCUCUGAUAAGAUAACUUCCUAUACACAUAGUAUCCAUCGUUUCCUAGAGAUUGGAUUGGUCGCAGACAGAAGGUUCCUCGAUUUUUACAACAAUAGCAACUACGAACAAUAUCUGUUGACUAUCAUGAACAUGGUGUCGGACUUUUAUCACGACAGAUCUAUCGGCAAUCAAAUAGACGUAGUCAUCGUUCGUAUAAUAUACUUGGAGAAGGAAAAGGAAGAGUUAGAUUUGAUGAUUAGUCCUAAAGCAGAAACAACGUUGGCAAGUUUUACCAAGUGGGCUCAAAAGAUGAACCCUAAGGAUCACACUCACCCAAACCAUUUCGACAUAGCGGUCCUCGUAACUAGAUACGAUAUUUGCUCGGAAAUAGCAACACAUUGCGACCUGUUGGGUCUGGCAUACGUCGGGACUGCUUGCGAUCCUGAAAAAGCAGCCUGCAUCACCGAAGAUACCGGCCUACAGCUUGGAGUCGUAAUUGCCCAUGAAGUUGGUCACGUGAUGGGCUGUUCGCACGACGAGGUCAACAUCAAUGGCUGUGAGUCCAAAGACAAGGACAACAGUUAUUUCGUCAUGUCACCGAUUGUCAACAUCUAUACAUAUAGAUGGUCGCCAUGCAGCAGAAGAUACAUCACUAACUUGCUCGCCACUGGCUUGGGCGAGUGCUUGAUUAACGAUCCACGGAGUCCACCAGAGAAAUUCAAGUAUCCGGACAUGUUAGCCGGUGCGAUGUACGACGGUGAUUUCCAAUGUGAUAUGAACAUUCCUGGAUCGAAGAUCUGUCCCGGUGGUCCAGGGCUAAAUGCAAUGUGCGAGAUGCUGUGGUGUGCGAUGGAGAAUGCAACUUGUUACACCAGAGGGUCACCCAUGGCCGAAGGAUCAAAAUGCGGAGAGAACAUGUGGUGCAUUCACAAGAAAUGCGUGCCCAUGGGCACCCGACCGGCGGCGGUGCACGGUGGCUGGGGCAAAUGGGGUCCCAUGAGCAGCUGCAGCAGAACCUGCGGCGGUGGUCUGAAAUACGCUGAGAGGGAAUGCGACAAUCCGCCACCAGCCAACAAUGGCAGAUAUUGCAUAGGAGAGAGGAAGAGGUUUACCCUUUGCAACACCAUGCCCUGCGACUAUAAGAAACCGUCGUUUCGCCAAGUGCAGUGCAGUAUGUAUAACGAUCGAGACAUCCUGUCCGAUGGCAAACAUAACUGGACCGCGUAUCCCAUCCAUGAUGUGACGAUCGAUCCAUGUGAAUUAUACUGCAUCAGCGAAAACUUCGUAUACAGCAAGCUCCAACCGUCAGCGAAUGAUUCCACUCCCUGUAAAGGUGGUACCAAUAACAUAUGCAUCGGUGGUAAAUGCAGGAAAGUUGGUUGCGACUGGGUGUUGGGUUCAGAUGCGAUCAACGACAGAUGCGGGAUCUGCAAAGGUGACGGCACGAAAUGCAAGCCGAUACAAGGUUUCUUCAAUGCCUCGGGUUUUGAUGAUCUAUAUACGAAGGUAGUUACUUUCCCUAAGGGUGCGCGAAGUAUACACGUAGCGGAACUGAGGCCCCACAGAAACGCACUAGCGAUAAGAUUCGAGCAUAGUAACACCUAUUGUUUAAACGCAAACAAAUUUAUACAGAGAAGUGGUGAUUAUGAAUGUGCAGGCGCCUCCAUUGUAUACACAUAUCCUGAGCCACGGAGAGAAGAACUUCAAAUAAAGGGACCCAUAGCAGAAGACAUUCGAUUAGAAAUAUCAGAGGCAGCGUGCAUCGAAGAGCAUGGUGGAAAAGUGAGUCCUGCAUUUUGCGAAGGCAUACCACGACCAGAUCCAAAAAGCAGAGUUUGCAACUCAGGAGCCUGUCUCGCGAAGUGGCGAGUGAGCCAAUGGAGCAAGUGCAGCGCCUGCGAUGGAAAGAAAGGAAAAAAGCAUCGUAAAGUGCAAUGCGUGCGAGCUGCGGCUCGUGUUGGCCAGGAUGACGUUCAGGCGAAUCUGGACGCGUGCAAAGGUCGCGUGCCGAGACAGGAGGAAGAAUGCAUAGGCGAAAGGCCGUGCAAGAAAAUUUGCCGAAAAGAGGCCCGGAACGCGAACAAAGAGGUGGUCGUUGAACCGGAAAAGAAGCAAUCACUGCGUCCCGAGGAACGAGCUAAGAUGGUCGAUAAGUUCGUGGACUUGAGUUUGGCCCGGUAUCUGGAAAAGUCGUACGGUGUCCGUCGCGAGGCCGAGGACUCGAGAACGGCUAUUGACACGGCCGAUUUCCGGCAGCUAUUUCGCGAAUGGUCACUGGCCGACGAAGAGAAGAGGAAACGCGGUGCCUGCGACCGAAACGUGUCUACCCCAAAGCCUGGAACGAUCAUUAAAGACUCGGUACCAGUCGAGGAUGUGGUGUUGUUCCAGGCGCCUUACUUAGAAGAGAAUCUGCAAACGAAUUUGUCGGACAGAGCGUUUCAAGAAGUCGGUGAUAUCGUUAGUGGCAGUAUCGACACUUCCAGAAUGAAGAUGUAUACAGGGACGAAGGCUGUCGAGAUGAUUGAAAGGCUGCAGGGUCGUAAUCUUACCGGUUUGCCUCUCAAGAAAGAGAAUUACAGCUACGCUGGAUUGUCUAAAAUCGUCGACUUGGCCGACUAG